AUGUCUGGAAUCAGUAAAGCCUGCUGCUCGAUCCCUCCCGUCGUGACCAAGGGUUACCAGGCCAAGGGAACCUAUCAGACGAUCAAUGGCAUGAAGACCUACUGGGCGGAACCGGGUGAAAAGAAAAGCAUCAGGCAACUGACCAGAGUCACCGCUGCAGAUGUCACCGGACCCGAGUCUGCUACCAAGGCCAUUCUGGUUGUAUACGACAUCUUUGGCUUCUUUGAGCAGACCCUCCAGGGAGCCGAUAUUCUCUCCACCUCUAAUGAGAACAAGUAUCGCGUCUUCAUGCCCGAUUUCUUCGACGGCAAACCCGCCGAUAUCUCGUGGUACCCACCAACUACCGAUGAGCACAAGCAGAAGCUUGGUGAUUUUUUCAGUAACGAGGCUGCCCCUCCCAAGACCCUGUCUCGGAUUCCGGACGUCGUUGCCGAGGCCAACAAGCAGGCGCCUGGUGGCGCCUUCACCUCAUGGUCCAUCCUGGGCUUCUGCUGGGGCGGUAAGAUCGCUGCGCUCUCCGUCGGUGCCGACAACAAGCUCUUCAAGGCCGGCGCUCAAGCUCACCCAGCCAUGGUCGACCCCAACGAUGCAAAGGCGGUGUCUGUUCCGUUCGCAGUGCUGGCCUCCAAAGACGAACCCACCGACGACUUGAAAGCGUUUGGAGAUAACCUCAAGGUUCCCAAGCUGGUCGAAACUUUCCCCACCCAGAUUCAUGGCUUUAUGGCAGCUCGAUCGAACUUGGAGGAUCCGGAGGUUCGCAAGGAAGCAGUGGUCUGGCUUGCUAAGAUCAUUGCGACCGUCUGCUUUGCUCUUUUCAUCAUUCGAGCGGGCCAUGAGACUCGCAGCAUACCACCCACGGACCUGACGACCGAUCUCCAGUGUGAGGGUUCCCUGAUGUCAUUCAUCUUCGGACGUCGCCGGUCGCAAUCAGAUGCGGCCAGCCACUUCGACACCAGCGCGCAAAGUCCAUCGCGCGACCACAAUCCGUCAAGAACGCCUCUUCCCCACGAGAAUCCGGACUCUCACUUAUUUCGCGGGUUCUUUCGCAGGCGCAGCGGGAGCACGUCGUCUGCUGAUUCAACAAAAGCUUCAGACCGGGACAAGGUUGUCCAUCGAGACGCCGAAGCCAGAGGUCUAGGGAAGGGGAAGCACGAUCUCCAUCGACAAAACUCAGGAGGGUACACAAGCAGCCAUGUAACCGAUCCCAAAAGCCAAGAGUGCCCGUCUGCGGCAGCGCAUAGCGAGCCCAAACAACCAGGGAACAUCCAGGACUAUCUAGACUACCGGCUUGAAAAAGCAGGUCUGCCGGACGACAGUAGCGAUCCGCGAUGCCUUUCCAGCUCAAAAUCUGUCCUAACCAAAAAGGACGUCAAGGCGUUACUGUCCGGCGCGCCGCACUUUAUGCUUGAGCGUGGCAAGCAUGGUCGUUGGUAUCCGCAGGUCAUCUUUCCUUGGGAUGAACAUAAUCCCGCGAUCCAGCGCAUGCUGGACCGAAAGCCAUUAGCACAUGCCUCGUUUACCCUCUGUACGCUGCACGCUCAUCUUCCCGUGCCCGACGACUGGGUAGUCAAAGGGGGCGUCCCGAUACCGUUGCAGGACUGGCGUCGAUCUGGUGCAUUUAAGAGGGCGACGUUUGACGUGGGCAUCUUUGAGGUGCCGAAUAUGCUUGGAAAUAAUGGUAGAGAGCCGGGCACCAUUGGAUUCCGCAACUUUCUCGAAUUGUCAAUUGCGGAUUUGUUGAAAUACACGGGACCGGGAGAGCCAAGGCAGUCCCCCAACUUGGAAAGAGUGUCCGCUCUCCCUGCGACGGAAGCCUUUGAGCUGAUGGAUCACUAUGACAAGCCAUACUCUCAAUGCCUCAGCGGUGCGGUCUUGGACCGGCACAAACUGAUCAGGGAAGGACCAUCGGGCUGGAAACGAGUGGGCGUGCGAGACAUCAACUUGCGCUACCUGGUUCAGCGCCUUGAUCAGUUGCGUCAAUUACGUCUUGAUAUCCUUCGCCAAGGGUCAACUAUCACUAUCCUGGACGUGGAGUCACCACAUGAACUGCACAAUAUUCUCCAUACGCAUUUCCUCCACCCUCAUCCUCCCCCGGCCGAUUUACUCGCGGGUCAUCCACAGGGCCUCAAAUCUCAAAUCAAGACCCUUGCGGCGGUUCUUGCUACCCCCGGAGCAUGGAUUGACUUCAGUGUCCCGGAAUGGCGGUUGCGAGCUGGACAGAUCCUGUGGGAGGCUCCUCCGCAUGGCGAUGGAGAUUGCAUCGACCCAAGUGAUUGUUGUGCAGAGAACUCGAAGCAGCCUUGGAUCAAUUCUGGCAUGGAGCGCAAGUGGCUCCUCGUCCAGAUUCUUCUAGCAGCCGAGCUGCUAUUCCGCCUCGACGCAUUUGUUCGAAGAGGCAUGUUGCACGAUGCACACGGAGGAGUCGUGACGGCACCGGAGCUGCAACGUUUCGAUCAGCUGCGUGAAGGCAAAGUCAACUGGGAUCUCAUUUUUGUGCGCCGCUUCCUCGACAACCUGGACAUCAGCUGCGAGUCGGAGUCGCCUUCGACCCCAUCGAGCGGUGCUAGUGGCAAUGGCUCACCCUAUACCACAGGAGACAAGUCGCCUUCAAAGUCUCAUCGUUUCUCCUUGUUGGAUUCGAUCAGUCGCCGAAUCUCGUCCACGCAGGGGACUGAUCUACCAUCUGCUUGGCAUUGUCAUAUCGGUUCUCCAUAUGUGCGCCAGCAGCUGGAGGGUCUGUAUGUCUUUGCCGAGAAUAUCGGUUGGCCCAAGGUCGAUGCGUUACGAGCCAACUUUGAGAGGCUUUGCAGAAGUGGCCAAAAUUUGUUCGACCCCGAACUCGAGAAGCUUGGUUCGCGCAGUCUGUUGAGCAAUUCAAAUGAACACGCGAAGGCAAGCUCGGACAAAAAGGACAUGUAUGGUCGCAAUCGAUGCCGACGCUAUGUCCGGCUGCGCAGCCCAUGCCUCAAUGACGAUGAUUUACAUGGGACUGAACGUCUUGGUUGGAUUUCUCGAAGUUGGCUCUCAGGACUUGUCAUCCCCGGCGAAUCGAUUUGCCACCUUCUCAUUGGAACCCUUUUGGAGAGUGAUGAAGAUGCGAUCGCGCGUUUAGGAUCCGUGGCUAAUCUCUAUGGCGGGUUUGUUUACGACGGCCGCAGUUACUGGAGCAAAUCUAGCGUCGUGGGCCGAGUCCUGUCUUGCUUGGAAGGAGCACAGACGUGCAUGGGAUGGGUUGGGUGCAGUGUCUUGCCCUGCGAGGAAUCGACCUCAACGCCCUGGUCAGACGGCUGGAUUGAAGUUCCCAUGCAAAAGGCUCCUCGAGGCUCUGGAAAGUCUCGCAUCAAACAGGGAGGCAAAUUGGCGAUCGAGUCAACGCCGUUGGGCAAUGGCGAUAUCACCGCCGACGCAUUUACUCUCCCCAUUGAUCCUCCGACGAAUGGACAUACGACGGAGGUCGAAAUGCUUCAAUUGGGCUUGCGUGCCCAAACCCCUCCAAGGGGAGGCAUUACGGAAUGUGAGCAGGCCACAAUGACAUUCUCCAUGAAUAAUGCGGCGACAGAUACAUCUACUACAAUCUCAUUCCCGCUCAAAUAUCAUGUGCGAUUCGUUUCAGCUCAUCACUGUCAACGACCACACGCAGUCGCCGUAUGUCGGACAAGAGACUCUGGAUUGUCACACGAUCAGCGGUCCGGGUCGGACUCGUCUGAAGACCCAGCUCAGUUCAAACGUCUACCAGGACAUCCGCUCCAUCAGUCAUAUCACUUCGAAAACGUGCAACUUGCCUCACUUCCUGGCCGGCCCCUCCCGGUUUGCGCGUCCGAUGAGGAACCGGCGACCGUUUACGUUGUGGAUGCGCGGGGAUGUCGGUCGAAAGAGGCGUUUGCACGCUCUUGGUGUGCCUCCGUUGGCUGCCACGCUGUGAUCGGUCGAGUGGGGAGAUCGUGUGUAGCAUGUUGUGUUCGAGAAGCUCGAGCGCUGGACAUCUCUGUGGUGGUGAGAGUGGGCAAUGAAACCUGA